CACACUCUAAGUCCCAGACACACAGAAACAAAUUACCUCAGACCAGUACAAGCUUACAGUCUAGGAUUCAUCUUGGUGGGUCAUGGCUGUCCACAAGAACUGGGAGGCUACCUGGAGGGAGGCAUCUUCGUGUCCAGCUGUUUUGCCACAGCAGGCACCAGCCCUUCCUUGUAUGUGUGUUGGGGAUAGAAUCAAACCUGAAAGCAUCUUACUCCACAGGUCUGUAUAUAAGGCCCUCCAAACCCAGAACUGUUACAAAGAGUCUAUCUUCUACCUGAUUUUGUUCUCAAAAAAAGUUUGUGAUGACUAAGAAUUAUAAAAUACAAAGGAGCUUAAUUUAGGAAUAAGUAAGAAAGAUACUUGCAAUGAGAAUGGGGCAGGAAAUAAGCGCAGGAAUGUGGCUUUCUUCCAAAACAUAUACCUUGAGAUUUGUUUAACCAUAGAUUUAGUUUAGAGCUUCCUGGCAGGCAAAGCAAAGAGAGCAAGCAGAUGGCCUGUGUAUUACUAUCUAUGAGAUGUAAGUUCUGGAAAAUGGCCCACUUGCUGACUGAGGCCCUUAAAGAUGAUAAAACCUGCUAGUAGGGUCUUUGUUCUAAUCUCCUCACAGAGGAACGGGAAGUAAACAUAUGAGUGGGCUCUUUCUCUCAGCACCAAGCCAGGCUCUGCCUCAGGGUCAGGAUGGCAGGGCAGGUACAAUGCUCAUUGUUCUGGGCCUUGCCAAGUGUCACAGACUGUGUAGGGUAGCAGAGGCACAUUUUAUGAAAUCACCCAGUGAUUUUGCUUGUAGCUUCUUCAUUCAUUCAUUCACCUUUUAUGGAACCCCCACUCCCAUGCUCCUCUGUGUCCAGCCCGGUCAGGCUCAAGGAGCCCAUGGUCUAUGGCAAGGUCCACAGACACUCCACAGAAGGCUGAGCAUGUAAGUGUAGCAGUUAGCAGACAACCCUGGUCUCCUGCAAGUCACUUCAAGGUGGCAGCAGCUUCCAGGGGCCCUGGGACUUGCAGCCUUGCUGUGUCUGAGCCUCCCUGCCCCCAUCCCUGGCCGUUGCAGAGCAAACAGGCUGGAUUAGCAGCCUUUGGAAAGUCCUGGCAGGGUCUGGGCCCUGGGCCAGGUUCCAGGCUGGCAGGCCGGAGGGCUGGGGAGCCAGCUGGAGUGGGGACUCAGACUUCCCUUCCCCUGGUUCUUACCAAGUCUCUCAGUGUCUCUCCUUUUUCUGCUCUCCUACUAUGUAGGUCCCCACCAACACCAGGGAUGGUUCUCACACUAGCUCCAUCCUUCUCCCCUCCUCACUGACCUGAGAGCUAGCAGCCACCUCUGCCCACCCCUCCUGCUUUCAAGCCUUCCUCAUCUUGGAAGGAACUAGGUCUCCCUGCAACACACACAAUGAAGCCCCAUUCAGCCGAAUACCAUCCUGGGCCUGGAGGAAGUACGCCUAGUGCCAUCCAUGAGGAACCAGAAGGGCGCGGUGUGGAGCGAGACUUCUGUCCUCUUCCCUGCUUGGGAGGUGGAGAUGCAGAUGAGGGUGACUGGGCCCGGGCACCGGGGAGCCCAGGGCAUGGCUGUAUGGUAUACCCAGAACAGGGGCCAAGUUGGCUCUGUCUUUGGGGGGCUGGCCUCAUGGGACGGCAUCGGGAUCUUCUUUGACUCCUCGGCCGAGGAUACCCAGGACAGCCCUGUAAUCCGUGUGGUGGCCAGCGAUGGGUACGUCCCUUCUGAGCAGCUUGGGGAUGGAGCAAAUCACCAGGUACUGGGCUCCUGUCACCGAGACUUCCGGAACCGGCCAUAUCCCAUCAGAACACGGAUCACCUUCUGGAGGCAGAGGCUGCGUGUGUCCUUGAGCACUGGUCUCACUCCCAGUGACCCAGAUGAGGUCUGUGUCGAUGUGGGGUCCGUGCUUUUGGCUCCUGGAGGUUUCUUUGGGGUCUCAGCAGCCACCAGCACCCUGGCAGAUGACCAUGAUGUCCUGUCGUUCCUGACUUUCAGCCUGAAUGAGCCGGGUCCAGAGGUUCCCCCUCAGCCUUUCCUGGAGAUGGAGCAGCUUCGUCUGGCAAGGCAGCUGGAAGGGCUGCAGGCCAAGCUGGCCCUGGGCAGCAGGGUGGUUAUAAUUCCACAGCCAAACUCAAAAGCCCAGGAAGAGGGGGAAAGGUUCUUUGACCUGGAGGAGACAUUGGGCAGGCACAACAAGAUCCUGCAGGACCUCCAGGCUCUCUCUGAGCAGUUGGCCCAGGCAGAGAUGCAAUGGAAGAAGCAGCUGGGGUUCCUAGGCCAGGCCAGGCCUGAGGGAGCCUGGGAUUCUGCCAAGAUCAGCACCCUGCUCUAUGGACAGCAGACUUUGCUCCAGGCCCUGCAAGAGAUGAGCAAUGCAGCUGCUCGCAUGGCCUCAGGAGCCCAGAUCUUCUACCUGCCUGUGGGCACCGAGCACCAUUUCUUAGAGCUGGACCAGAUCCUGAGCCUCCUGCAUAAGAGUCUUCGGGACCCAGUGAAAGCAGCAGUCAAGUCCCCCCGCCCAUCUGGAUGGCCCCCAGGAGCCUCCACUUGUCUACGGCCCGGCAUCUUCCUGUUCUUCCUCCUCAUCCAGACUUUUGGCUUUUUCUGCUAUGUGAAUCUUAGCAGGCAGGAGCUGGACAAGAGGCUUCGGGAGUGUUUGUCCACAGGAAACCUUCCUUUGGGUGCUGUGCCACACAUCUCUAGGGUGCUGGGAACUCUGAGGAGGCAGCCCCUCUCCCCCAGCAUGCAUGCCUGACCCACUUCAAAGCCACUUCUCUCUGGGAAGCAGGUGGCUUCUGGGGGUGGAGAAGAGGACUUUGCUAGGAUCCUCUUCUCUGGGUGCCCAGCUAUUGCCCACACCUUAGCUUUUGGUGAGCCCCAUCUUAUUAAAGGUGAAUUCCCUCUUC